CUGCAUUUUCGUUUUCUGUUUUUUGGGGAAAAAUGUGCUUUCUUUCUGGUUUUGGGUGCUUAUGGAAAACUCUUUUAGGAGGGUAUGCUAGUGGGUAUUUAUGUGUUUUGGUCAAUGAUACUGGGUAAUACUCUUAGUGUAGGGCCUGUAAAUUGACAUAACCGCAAAAAACUGAUCACUACUGAUUCACGUCUUCGAAUGCUCGCGGACAUUCGGAUGAACAAUUUGAAUGCUCGCGGGUAUUCGGUUGAACAACUUGAAUAAUCGCAUAUUUCCAAGACUUAUUUCCGCUUCACUGUUGACUAGACUUUUUAGGAUCUUUAUAUGUCGCGGGCUGAGUGGUAAGAGUAUUAAUUGCCACUUCAAAUGGUGGGUGUGUCACAGUAUUCUAAUGGCCAUAUACGCGAUUAUAUGUCCCUUGAGAUACUGUGAUACGCCCAGCCAUUUGUUGACGUGCGUUAAUGCUCGAAUGAUCGUACUUUUUGGUUGGUAGGUUGUCUCGAAACGGUGGGUGUCUCCCAGUAACUUCAGGGUUAUGCUCGAAAAUGCAUACUUCUUGAGUCACUGGGAAACGCCCAGCCGUUUCUGGAGGUAUACCGCACAACCGAGGAUGCGUGAAUUACUCGCCCAAAGAUAGUUACAUUUCUUCUCGCAUAUCGAUAGAAGGGUCAGUUUUCGCACAGAGUCUGACUUUCUUGUUGAAUGCGACUUUUAUAGUUUACUGCGGGUGAGAUCACUUAUCUUUAUCUUUUCACACAUUCAUCACGCUGAAAAGAUCUUGUAUCUUUCAGAUGAGCGAUCUAUCGGAUAGCCAGCAGCUCGGAUCAGGAGGUCGCGCCUUUGACGGGGAAUCGGACCAGGAGAGGGACAGUUUUCUCCCUACGGACAUCUCCGAAAUGGAGGCCGCGGAGAUAGAGUUAGGUCCUAUGUCUUCUGUGGAGAUCGAGAAGAUGGUACGGGAGCUUACCGAACCUGGGGCAAUCGAUAUCCGAGAUAGUGAAUCCACAGUGUCAGCUCGCGACUACCUCAUCCGUACGAGGCAGGCUCCUGACAUCGAGGUCGAGGAGGUGGAGGAGGGAUGGACUACUCCAGCCCGCGAGUCAGGUGGGGAAGAAGAGGAAGCGGAAGGGAGCGGGACGGACUCGGUUGACGACUCCCAACUGAACGAGCCUUUCUCAUGCGAAGACCUAGUCUCGCGAGUCGUCAAGUCUGACUUCACCACUUUCGUGAGGUUAAAUCUGUUGCGGCUUGCGUUUCAAAGUCCCAAACCCUCUCAGAGAGCGCAUCUUCCGUUCACCAACCCUGCGAUCAUCCCUACGGAGGACGUGGUCAUUUCAAUACCCAUUCUUCGAUGUGGUGUAACAGUCCCAUUUCAUCCUUUCGUCGCAGCCAUUCUUAGACGCUACGACGUAUCGCCUUUUCAGCUAACACCCAACAGUUAUCGCACUGUUCUAGCCUUCUAUGCGAUGUACAUGGAGUACGCCCAUAGAGCUCCGUCAGUAGAGGAAUUUAGUUAUUUUUAUGACAUAAAGAGCGUGGGCCUUCAUAACGGCUUCUUUUGCUUUAGUAAAUGGGCGACUUCUGAAAUCAACGGGGUUGAGGGGAUGGUUUCGAACAUGGGUGAUUGGAAGUCAAAAUGGUUCUACGUUUUUAAGGUUCCUGGGAUCAGAACCGACUUUAAUCGCAGACCCAAUAGACCAGCUCGACCAACGCUUAACGCUCAUAAAAAGGGGGUAGCUGAAAUUCUUGGGAGUCUUCCGGUACAAGAUCGCGACUGGCGAUUGCUGUGUACGACUGCCAAAUUGCGAGAACACAAACUGAUCCCUGAGAACGCGAGUCUUCAACGGAGCCGGCAUAUAAAGAACCAUCUGAGAGACAGCAGGAGCGGAUAG